AUGUCCACCAAAGGACACGCUCGUCAUGAUACCGCCUUGAUCCACGGCCUCUCAUCCUCAGAGGUCCAAACACUCUCCGACUCAUGUACCGAGGCCAAAUCCAGGGCAUACUGUAAGCACUCAAAACAAACGGCAUGCUAUCAGCCCUUUAACGACAUCUCCCAGGCCCAUAUUCGCAUUUCCGAGUAGGAUGUUCCGUCCUGCUCACGAAUGGCACAGUAGUGACGGGAGCCAACGUUGAGAAUGCCGCCUAUCCGGUCGGAACCUGUGCGGAGCGAGUGACCAUCGCCACCGCCGUCUGCCAGGUGCGUUAUGCCGAUGUUCACUUGAGUCUGCUACCAUGUUAAUGCCGAUCCAGGGAGCGCAGAAGGGAGACUUCAGAGCCAUAGCUGUUGCGACAGACAUCAGCCCUCCGGCAAGUCCCUGCGGAAUGUGUAGGCAGUUCAUCCGGGAGUUCUGCGAGGUGAGGACCUGAGGAUUGGGCAUAGCAUAGCAGUUCUUGAGCUAAGACCUUGCUUGAUAGCUGAAUACGCCCAUCCUCAUGUAUGACAAGGACGGGAAAUCGGUCGUCAUGACGCUGGAGCAACUGUUGCCCAUGUCGUUCGGGCCGGAGAAGCUCUUGACGACGGAGGAGAUGGCCAAUGGAGCCACGCAGUAG